GCUGCCGGGACGCUCCGUGUGUUGGCCGCGGCGACGAGCAUCACUUGCCUGGAGACACCCCUCCCUCACUCUACGAGUCAUCCACAAUGGAACCCACCCAGGAAGUUAUGGAGACCACAGCCGUGGACCUGGGCGCCCUUCUGGACGCAGGGGACGGCGCAGUCGUCACACUGGUGGCGGGCGGCACCCGUCUCGUGGCGCACAGGGCCGUGUUGGCCGAUAGAAGUCCCGUGUUUGGCGGCAUGUUUCGCCACGACACACUGGAAGCCAGCACCGGUGAGGUCGCAGUCCCGGACGUGGAGGGCCCGGUGCUGCGCCAGCUGGUCGCCUACCUCUACACCCUCCGGGCCCCUCAGCUGCCCAACCUGGCCCCCCAGCUGCUGGCAGCAGCUGAUAAAUACGGCGUGUCGGCCCUGAAGGCUCGGUGCGAGCAGCUCGUGGCCGCUCAGCUGUCCGUCGAGACUGCGGCGGCCGCAGCUGUUCUGGCGAUCAGGCACUCCUGCACCAGCCUCAGGCAGGCCGCCGUUAACUUCAUAAAGGCCAACUCCUUCCAGGUUAUGACCACACAGGGCUGGGCUGACGCAGUGCGCACUCAGCCUGAAGACAUCGUCACACUGGGUCAGCUGCUCGCGGAUCCUCCAGCAGAAACCAGCGCGCCGGCCUCUGCAGACGGCAGUCCGCGCCCCGGCAGUGGGCCGCAGGGAGACCGCGGCCACACCCCUGCCACUGCUGCCACGCCCACGGCUGCCUGCACCACUCCUCCGCCAGAUGACUCUGCCGUCUCUCGCCUUCGGAGCCUUCCUGAAAAGGAGAAGAAUAGCAGGCUGAUUCAGGCAGCAAAAGGGGGUGCAGUUACUGAGCUGCAGACGCUGCUGGGAGCUGGUGCAGACGUGGGAGCGAGGGAUGAGGGUGAGAGCAGGUGGACCACCCUGCACUGGGCUGCAGACAAGGGACACGAGAAGGCAGCGAGGUGCCUGGUGGAGGGUGGAGCAUACGUGGACGCUAGGACCAGCGGCUGGCAGGAGACGCCCCUGCACAGGGCUGCAUACAGUGGCCAUGAGGCUGUGGCGCGGUUUCUGCUGGAGGCAGGGGCGGAGGUUGAUGCCAGGAACAAAACGCAGAGCACGCCCUUGCUCUUGGCUGCAGAGAAAGGGCACGCGGCGGUGGUGCGGCUGCUACUGGCCUCCACGCCUUACCACAGCGCUAGGAAUCAGUGGGGGCGGACACCGCUACACGAGGUGGCUCUGAACGGCCACGCCGAGGUGGCCUCUGCACUGCUCGAGGCAGGGGCCGACCGCUGGGCCAGGAAUAACGAGGGGAAAACCCCACUGGACCUCGCCAGGCAGAAAAAUCACCAGCGGCUGAUAGACAUGCUAAGCUGCCGGGACGCUCCGUGUGUUGGCCGCGGCGACGAGCAUCACUUGCCUGGAGACACCCCUCCCUCACUCUACGAGUCAUCCACAAUGGAACCCACCCAGGUGGUUAUGGAGACCACAGCCGUGGACCUGGGCGCCCUUCUGGACGCAGGGGACGGCGCAGUCGUCAUACUGGUGGCGGGCGGCACCCGUCUCGUGGCGCACAGGGCCGUGUUGGCCGAUAGAAGUCCCGUGUUUGGCGGCAUGUUUCGCCACGACACACUGGAAGCCAACACCGGUGAGGUCGCAGUCCCGGACGUGGAGGGCCCGGUGCUGCGCCAGCUGGUCGCCUACCUCUACACCCUCCAGGCCCCUCAGCUGCCCAGCCUGGCCCCGCACCUGCUGGCAGCCGCUGAUAAAUACGGCGUGUCGGCCCUGAAGGCUCGGUGCGAGCAGCUCAUGGCCGCUCAGCUGUCCGUCGAGACUGCGGCGGCUGCAGCAGUUCUGGCGAUCAGGCACUCCUGCACCAGCCUCAGGCAGGCCGCCGUUAACUUCAUAAAGGCCAACGUCGGCCAGAUUAUGACCACGCGGGGCUGGGCUGACGCAGUGCGCACUCAGCCAGAAGAAGUGGUCACACUGAGUCACCUGCUCGCGAGUUCUCCAGCAGAAGCCAGCACAACUAAUGGCGUUGCAUCUACCUUUCAUUUGUACUUUCUUUUGUUGGUUGUUAUGCGUGUGUUCUAUUGUUUGUGUGAAGACGAUGCCCUAGCAACGAUGCACGUGGUAAGUUGCUCUGUGGUCUCCAAGUGGACAGAGUUUGCCAGCACGCCGGCCUCUGCAGACAGCAGUCCGAGCCCCGGCAGUGGGCCGCAGCGAGACCGCAGCUGGACCCCUGACACUGCUGCGCCGCCCACGACUGCCUGCGCCACUCCUCCGCCAGAUGACUCUGCCGUCUCUCGCCUGCGGAGCCUGCCUGAAAAGGAGAAGAACAGCAGACUGAUUCAGGCAGCGAAGGAGGAUUCAGUCAGUGAGCUGCAGACGCUGCUGGCAGCUGGUGCGGACGUGCGGGCGAGGGAUGAGAGCGAGGACAGGUACACCGCCCUCCACUGGGCAGCAAAAAAGGGACAUGUGAAGGCAGUGAGGUGCCUGGUGGAGGGUGGAGCAGAGGUGGACGCCAGGAGCAGCGACUGGCAGAGCACACCCCUGCACAAGGCUGCAGGUAAUGGCCACGAGGCUGUGGGGCGGCUGCUGCUGGAGGCAGGGGCGGAGGCUGAUGCCAGGAACAAAAUGCAGAGCACGCCCCUGCUGAUGGCUGCAUAUCAUGGCCACGAGGCUGUGGUGCGACUGCUGCUGGCGGCCACUCCUUACCACAACGCCAGGAAUCAGUGGGGGCGAACGCCGCUGCACUAUGCGGCUCUGAACGGCCACGCACUGCAGCUGCACUGCUCGAGGCAGGGGACGACCGCUGGGCCAGGAAUACGAGGGGAAAACACCACUGGACCUUGCCAGACAGAACAACCACCAGCAGCUGAUCGACAUACUAAAAAUUCUAAUGUCUUCUGGUCCAUCGCCAUCAUAGCUCAGGGAGAUCGUCUCAAGGUCAAUAAUGCAGUGGAGUCAUCCACAAUGGAACCCACCCAGGAGGUUAUGGAGACCACAGCUGUGGACCUGGGCGCCCUUCUGGACGCAGGGGACGGCGCAGUCGUCACACUGGUGGCUGGCGGCACCCGUCUCGUGGCGCACAGGGCCGUGUUGGCCGAUAGAAGUCCCGUGUUUGGCGGCAUGUUUCGCCACGACACACUGGAAGCCAACACCGGUGAGGUCGCAGUCCCGGACGUGGAGGGCCCGGUGCUCCGCCAGCUGGUCGCCUACCUCUACACCCUCCAGGCCCCUCAGCUGCCCAGUCUGGCCUACCAGCUGCUGGCAGCCGCUGAUAAAUACGGCGUGUCGGCCCUGAAGGCUCGAUGCGAGCAGCACGUGGCUGCUCAGCUGUCGGUCGAGACUGCGGCGGCAACAGCUGUUCUGGCGAUCAGGCACUCCUGCACCAGCCUCAGGCAGGCCGCCGUUAACUUCAUCAAGGUCAAUGCAGUGCAGGUAAUGACCACACAGGGCUGGAUUGACGCAGUCCGCACUCAGCCUGAAGACGUGGUCAUACUGAGUCAGCUGCUCGCGAGUCCUCCAGCAGAAAGCAGCACGUCGGCCUCAGCAGACGGCAGUCCGCGCCCUGGAAGUGGGACACAGGGAGACCGCUGCCGCACUGCUGCCGCUGCUGCGCCACCCACAGCUGCCUGCACCACUUCCCCACCAGAUGACUCUGCCAUCUCUCGACUGCGGAGUCUUCCUGAAAAGGAGAAGAACAGCAGGCUGAUUCAGGCAGCGAAGGAGGAUGCAGUCGACGAGCUGCAGACGCUGCUGGCUGUUGGUGCGGACGUCAGGGCGAGGGAAGAGGAUGAAGACAGGUGGACCGCCCUGCACUGGGCAGCAAACAAGGGACAUGAGAAGGCUGCGAGGUGCCUGGUGGAGGGUGGAGCAGAGGUGGACGCCAGGACCAGCUGCUGGCAGGAGACGCCCCUGCACAGGGCUGCAUACCAUGGCCACGAAGCUGUGGCGCGGUUUCUGCUGGAGGCAGGGGCGGAGGCUGAUGCCAGGAGCAAAACGCAGAGCACGCCCCUGCACCUGGCUGCAUUGAGAGGCCACGAGGCUGUGGUGCGGCUGCUGCUGGCGGCCACUCCUUACCACAGCGCCAGGAAUCAGUGGGGGCGAACGCCGCUGCACUACGCGGCUAUGCAGGGCCACGCAGCGGCGGCUUCUGCAUUGCUCGAGGCAGGGGCCGACCGUCUGGCCAGGAAUAACGACGGGAAGACACCACUGGACCUUGCCAGACAGAACAACCACCAGCAGCUGAUAGACUCAUCCACAAUGGAACCCACCAAGGCGGUUAUGGAGACCACAGCCAGGGACCUGGGCGCCCUUCUGGACGCAGGGGACGGCGCAGUCGUCACACUGGUAGCGGGCGGCACCCGUCUCGUGGCGCACAGGGCCGUGUUGGCCGAUAGAAGUCCCGUGUUUGGUGGCAUGUUUCGCCACGACACACUGGAAGCCAACACCGGCGAGGUCGCAGUCCCGGACGUGGAGGGCCCGGUGCUGCGCCAGCUGGUCGCCUACCUCUACACCCUCCAGGCCCCUCAGCUGCCCAGCCUGGCCCCCCAGCUGCUGGCAGCAGCUGAUAAAUACGGCGUGUCGGCUCUGAAGGCUUGGUGUGAGCAGCUCGUGGCCGCUCAGCUGUCUGUUGAGACUGCGGCGGCCACAGCUGUUCUGGCGAUCAGGCACUCCUGCACCAGCCUCAGGCAGGCCGCCGUUAACUUCAUCAAGGCCAACGUCGACCAGGUUAUGAUCACGCAGGGCUGGUCUGAUGCAGUGCACACUCAUCCUGAAGAUGUGGUCACACUGGGUCACCUGCUCGCGAGUCCUCCAGCAGAAGCCUGCGCGCCGGCCUCUACGGACGGCAGUCCGCGCCCCGGCAGUGGGCCGCAGGGAGACCGCGGCCACACCCCUGCCACUGCUGCGCCGCCCACGGCCAGCCGCACCGCUCCUCCGCCAGAUGACUCUGCCGUCUCUCGCCUGCGGAGCAUUCCUGAAAAGGAGAAGAACAGCAGGCUGAUUCAGGCAGCGAAGGAGGAUGCAGUCGCCGAGCUGCAGACUCUACUGGCAGCUGGUGCGGACGUGGGAGCGAGAGAUGAGAGCGACGACAGGUACACCGCCCUGCACUGGGCAGCAGAGAAGGGACAUGAGAAGGCUGCGAGGUGCCUGGUGGAGGGUGGAGCAGAGGUGGACGCCAGGUGCAGUGACUGGCAGGAGACGCCCCUGCACAGGGCUGCAUUCCGUGGCCACGAGGCUGUGGCGCGGCUGCUGCUGGAGGCAGGGGCGGAGGCUGAUGCCAGGAACAAAACGCAGAGUACACCCCUGCUCUUGGCUGCAGAGAAAGGCCACGUGGCUGUGGUGCGGCUGCUGCUGGCGGCCACUCCUUACCACAACGCCAGGAAUCAGUGGGGGCGAACGCCGCUGCACAAUGCGGCUGAGAACGGCCACGCAGAAGUGGCAGCUGCACUGCUCGAGGCAGGGGCCGACCGCUGGGCCAGGAAUAACGAGGGGAAAACCCCACUGGACCUCGCCACGCAGAACAACCACCAGCAGCUGAUAGACAUGCUAAGUACAGAGAGUGCUGUGAGAGGAGAAAUGGCUGCUCAGGUUCGCCAUGUUCCAGAGUCAUCCACAAUGGCACCCACCCAGGAGGUUAUGGAGACCACAACCGUGGACCUGGGCGUCCUUCUGGACGCAGGGGACGGCGCAGUCGUCACACUGGUGGCGGGCGGCACCCGUCUCGUGGCGCACAGGGCCGUGUUGGCCGAUAGAAGCCCCGUGUUUGGCGGCAUGUUUCGCCACGACACACUGGAAGCCAACAUCGGCGAGGUCGUAGUCCCGGACGUGGAGGGCCCGGUGCUGCGCCAGCUGGUCGCCUACCUCUACACCCUCCAGGCCCCUCAGCUGCCCAGCCUGGCCCCCCAGCUGCUGGCAGCAGCUGAUAAAUACGGCGUGUCGGCCCUGAAGGCUCGGUGCGAGCAGCACGUGGCCGCUCAGCUGUCUGUUGAGACUGCGGCGGCCACAGCUGUUCUGGCGAUCAGGCACUCCUGCACCAGCCUCAGGCAGGCCGCCGUUAACUUCAUAAAGGCCAACGUCACGCAGGUUAUGACCACGCAGGGUUGGGCUGACGCAGUGCGCACUCAUCAAGAAGAUGUGGUCACACUGGGGAAGCUGCUUGCGGAUCCUCCAGCACAAACCAGCGCGCCGGCCUCUGCAGACGGCAGUCCACGCCCCGGCAGUGGGCCGCAGGGAGACCGCGGCCACACCCCUGCCUCUGCUGCCACGCCCACGGCUGCCCGCACCACUCCUCCGCCAGAUGACUCUGCCGUCUCUCGCCUGCGGAGCCUUCCUGAAAAGGAGAAGAACAGCAGGCUGAUUCAGGCAGCGAAGGAGGAUGCAGUCACCGAGCUGCAGACUCUGCUGGCAGCUGGUGCGGAAGUGGGGGCAACGGAUGAGAACGAGAGCGAGAACAGGUGGACCACUCUCCACUGGGCAGCAAACAAUGGGCACGAGAACGCAACGAGGUGCCUGUUGGAAGGUGGAGCAGAGGUGGACGCCAGGACCAGCGGCUGGCAGGAGACUCCACUGCACAGAGCUGCCAUUAAUGGCCACGAGGCUGUGGCGCGGCUACUGCUGCAAGCAGGUGCAGAGGUAGAUGCCAGGAACAAAACGCAGAGCACGCCCUUGCUCUUGGCUGCGUAUCAUGGCCGUGAGGCUGUGGUGAGGCUGCUUCUGGCAGCCACUCCUUACCACAACGCCAGGGAUCAGUGGGGGGAAACGCCAUUGCACAAUGCUGCUCUGAAGGGCCACGAAGGGGUGGCAUCGGCACUACUGGAGGCAGGGGCCGACCGGAGCUCCAGGAAUAACCAGGGAAAAACCCCACUGGACCUCGCCAGGCAGAAAGACCACCAGCAGCUGGCAGACUUGCUAAGGUGAAGCUAACAGUUCGACAGACAUCCUAUGAGUAAAACGGAAAGAGCUCCACUCCAUGACUUUUCUUCAUUAUUAAAAUAAAGAAUGUGAUAAAUUUAAACCUGCGGUCAUUUACUGUUUCUAUACUCCAACUUCGGGGACAGCGUUUUAUCUCUGUACAUUUGUAUGUCUUUUGCUUCUAGUGAGCCCUCCAAAAGGUGUUUAGUACAUCCAACUAUUUCAAUUUUAAAUCAUGGUAUACACUUUUAAUGUGAUAUAAAAUUUUUCAAAACUUAUAAAAAAUACUGGAAGAUUAAACUUAUCUCAAAUGUGAUAACGUUUUCCAAGGUACAAUGUGGUCAUCGACCUAGGAACAAAUAUUCUACUGAAAUUCAAAAGUCCUGCAGACUAUAAAAUCACAUCAAUACUGUACUUACUAGUGUACCUGUUACUCUACUACACACCAAUAAUUAGUAAAUGAAAUGAAAUUAAGAAUAAUUUUAUAAUAACGCCAUUAAAAAUUAAAAACAUGUCAACAUACGAGCUA